UUUGAUAAACGUUUCUUAAGGUGGUCUGGAACAAGGACGGGAUUGAACGUGAGCGAGAAAGCAGCCAGUGUCUGGAGAGAGACUGAAAAACCUUCAAAACAUCUGGAGAACUGCUGAUCGGGUUCAAAGGUCAGGAGAAACUCCCGCUCAUUGAAAAGAGAAUCUGAAGAAAUGAAAGUUGGAUGAGAAGAGUUGAGCCUGGAGAUCUGCUCCUCUCAGUUGUCUCCCUUGCACAGAGGAAUCAUUAAUGAUUAUAUAGCUUCAGUCUCAGGGUGUAGCUUCACAGUUUAUAACGCCCUGACAGUUUUACUGCCUGCUGCAGAUAAGAGCAGAGCCGUCUGUGCUGUGUGAGGCUGUCAACCAGAACAAGUACAUUCUGUCUGAAACGUUGUAGACUAAAAGGACUCCUUCGAUCUACAUUUUGCAGGAUUGGACCAUGCAGAAUCGAACAAACAGGAGAGGAUACACCGAACAUUUUGUUAAACAGCUACACCUGAAGUUAACAGAGCUGAAAUUGGAAGCUGAAAGGUUUGGUUUGAAAAACAAAUACCUCCGGACUGAAAACAUCCCAGAAUAUCCUAAACCAGAGUUCCACGUGAGUUUUCUAAAACAUGAAACUACAGGAUCAGGGCUAUGUGGGAUUGAGAGGGAUGGGGGCUUCAGGAAUCCAUAUGGAGGACCUUUUAUAUGGUGGAGUCUGGCUGUGGGACCAGACCAGAUGAAGGACGCAGAGACGAGGCUCCUGGAGAAGACGUUCCCAGACCGGAUGGAGGGCGAAGAUCCUGAGCAGCAGAGCUUCCUGUGGAGGUUUGCCACGUCUCCAGCCUUCAAGGAGACGUCCCGGCUGGGCUGGUACCGCUUCACCUUCCCCCUGCAGGAGGUGCUGACGGCCUACAGAGACCAGUUCUGCUCCGGUUCUCAGCCCAUCAUGCGGGUCUACGAGACUGUCCUAUACAGACAAGAAGUGAUGCAUGUUGUUCUGGUCCACAGUCCAGCUAAGCAGAACUUCUCACACUACCCUUUGCUGACCGAUGACCCAGAUGCUGUUUGUGUUUACAAAGACGGACAUUUUAUCUGGAGACCAGAGGCCAUGUGUGAGAAACACUGGUUGAAGCUGAUCUGCAGACCUGACAGCCAGCAGCUGGAGGCCUGUGGUGUAGCUGAGGAUCUCUGUUAUGUCUGGGACAAGGUCGCUGUUGCUCUGGACGUUGGGAAGACACAGGUGCUGAAGUUUGGUGCUGAUCGGCUGAGAAACAACCUGAAGUACUGUCUCCUGGAUGACAUUAAUUGCCUUCCAAAGGAUCACACACCGGUCAGUUUUGAUGAUGCUAAAUUGGUGGUGAAGAGUCUGUGGCCGGGCUGGAGUGGUCCUCUGGAGGAGGAGAGCUCACUGCUGCACCGUUUAUCAGUUUCAGAUCUGCGCCUGGUUCUGGUUGGGUGGGCUGGAGUUGGGAAGAGCUCUAGUGGGAACACCAUCCUGGGAAGAAACGCCUUCAGGACGAGUCCACCAUUUGGUCCACCAUUUGGUAGAAGCAGCUGCUGUCUGCAGAGAGGCAACGUCUUCAGCAGGGAGGUGACCGUCAUCGACACUCCAGCUCUCCCAGAAACAUCCGAUCCUGAGGUGAGGAAGGAGAUCAGGUGCAUCAACCGGUCGGCGCCGGCGCCCCACGCCAUCCUGCUGGUCGUCAGACUGGGGUUCCUCACUACGCAUGUAGAGGAAACAGUGAAGCAGCUGGAAAAGAUGUUUGGAGAAAAUGUCUGGAGACGCACCAUGAUCCUGUUCACCUACCAGAACCAGGCAGAACCAGACAUCCAGAGGAAGCUAAAGGAGAAUGAAAACCAACUGACACUCCUGUUCAGCAAAGUAGGCAACAGAUUUCAGGUCCUAAAUAACAACCCGCAUCACAGAGACGUUCAGCAGGUCUGGGAUCUGCUGUUUGAGGUGAAGAAGAUGCUGGUCGCGUUCUCACUGAAACCAGGAAGAUAGAGCGCGUAACACCAGUUUUAAAGUCCCUCCACUGGCUCCCUGUAGCUCAAAGAAUAGA